AUGACGUCCGAGGCGCGACUAAUGCCCUCGGUCGAAGAGCGGUCCUUCCGCUCUGCUCUGCCUGGGAGUGCGGCUGCCUCGCAUGGCGAGCUGUCCGUGCGAGGUCGCAGCGACGUCGAGGAACGGGUUUGGCAUCCCAUUAAGCUGAAGGACGGCGAGGACUCUGCGCGUUGGUCUCAGAUUUCGUUAGGGGUCGUGAGCCGUAAACGAGGCGAGGUACACCGGGGCGGUAAACCGCGUGACACGAGUGAUGCUGUUGCGAUCAGUGCUUCCUCAGAGGCCAGCGAGCUGACGGUGGCUAUCGCCGAAGCAGUGCCGCGAAUAGCCCAGGAGCAGGCAUCCGCCACCGAGGCAUACGCGGAUCGCUGGUCGCACGAGCUGCAGCAGAGCACCGCAGCGGAGGAAGAGCUACGUCAACUCUACCAACAGCUUGAAAAGGAGCUGAUAGGGACGCGGCGUGCCGCAAACACCGCGGAGGAGAGGCACAAGCGCGAGCUGGAGUUACUGAAACGGCAGCUCGAGCAGGAGAGGGCCGAGCGAUUGAAGGCGGAGCAGGACCGCGAGGAUCUCCUGGCGCAGGCUACUAUGAGUCCCUCCCACACUCCACGCACGGGUGGCGGGCUACCGAGCGCAGAGCAGAGUGACGACUCUAAGGGGCGCCAGAGUCUCGGCAUCUCGCCGAGCAACGCAUACAUCAGCGACGUCUUCUAUGACAAGCUGAAGGAGAGGGAGGAGCGGGCACGCGCGCGGGUGCGCAAGGAGUUCGUGCGCCAGGCACAGGAGAGCCUCUACGCGGAGCAGCGCAGGCGUGCCGAGGCCGAGAAGGCGACGGAGGCGACGCUGAAACGGCUCGAGAAGGCGGAGGAGGAUGUCAGCAAAGUUCGAGAAGCGCUGCAGGAGGCGACGAGUGUCCUGGAGGCGAAGGACGUGCAGCUGCACGAGCGCGCCAUCCAUGUCCAGGAGCUGGAAGCGCAAGUUCACCUUCUCGAGCGUCAGCUCGAGGCUGCUCAGGACGCGGAGCGGCUGUCCUCCGAACUCACUUCUAAGAACCUCGAAGAGGUGAAGGCCUUGGCAGAUCAGCGACAGGCAGAGCUGGAGGCGCAGCGACAGUUUGUGCACCAGCUGCAGGAGAAAAUCGGGCUUACUACCCUCGACCUGUUUGACCGCGAGAACGACCAGGAGGGCGUACUGCGCACCGUGCAUGAGCUGCGGGCACGCUGCCGGCAGCUGGAAGAAGAGUUUGCGGCAGCGGUGCAAGAGGCGACGGCGCUCUUGGAGCAGAGGCGGCAGCGUGCCGAAGACGAGGCGCAGCUUCUGCGAGGGCGCAACGAGGAGCUCAAGCAACGUUGCGUGGCAAUGGGAGAGGAGCUGGCGGAGUUGAAGACUCGGCUAGAGUGCGACAGCAGCGAGGUGGCGCAGCUGCGCGCGCGCAACGAAAAAGCUCUCAGUGAAUGCCACGUCGAGAUCCGCAGCCUGCAGCUGCAGCUGGAGCGUGUCACAGAGGUGGCGCAGCGGCGCUCGUCGGAGAGCGCCACUGCGAAAGAGAUCGAACAGCGGCAGAACGCGGCUCUCGUCCGUCAGUACGCGGCCGAGGCACGAUCUGUGCAGGAGGAGCUCGAUCGCCUCAAGGCCCAGUCUUACCGCGAACAUGAGAAGCACUUGGCCACGGUGCUCGACCUAUCGCAGCAAAUCACCGCACUGAAGCAGGCGAAUACACAGCUGGAGCACGCCAUCAACGUGCGAGAGCGCGAGAGCACCGACGCGACGCGCCUGCUGUGCCACGCGCGCGAGGAGGUGUCGCAGCUUCGAGAGGAGCGUCGUCGGAUGAGCGCGCCUUUCUUUGACCAUCGCGAAGGCAGCCAGUCGAGCAGCGCCGCGAGCAGCUACGACGCUCUGCUGCGCCGGAUCGCGGAGCUCGAGAAUAUGCAGAAGGAGUUGACGGAAAGGCUAUGCGUUGCCAACUCCACUGUAGAACAGCUGCAGUCGGUACAGCAGGCCACCGCCGAUCAGCCGAAGAGCAGACGUGCUCUGAGCGGCCAUCAUCGCCGCCGUCGAUCGAAGCCCUACUUUCCCGUUCCGCCGACCGACUCCUUCCUGCAAAUGUCGGAUGAUGAGCAAAAGAAGCAGCGGGCAGGCGGCCACGACGUGGCGAGUGCGCCACUCGGUUUCAUGGGUAGCUCACUGAUGCCAGCUUUCACUGGCCAUAGGGGGCCCACAGCAUCUCUGCUGAAUCUGCUAGAGUCGAUUGUGCAGCAGCUGGAGUCUAUUAUUCGCUGCGCCAAGCAGCAAGGGGAGUCCGCGGUCCAGCGCAACUCACCCACCGCUUCACCGAGCCCGCAGGAGCACCGAGUGCAGCAAUUCAAGCAGUCAGAGGAGCUCGAGGCGCUCGAUCGUGUGUUGGUGAGUUGUAUGGCGGCGCUGGAGUGCUGCCACCUUCGGCGCACCUCCUCACCCUUCUACUCCUCCUUCCGCGACGGCGCAGCAGGGAGGGAGUCGAAUGGGGCCGCCGCCCGGGGAGAGGGGAAGGCCGCUGGGCGCGAGGCGCCUUCGCCAUCUGUAGGGGCUUCUCUCGUUGACAGUGACCACACAGGCGCUGUCCGCUCACGGUCCUCUUCCGUAGCAGAUCGGUGGCUGCAGCACGUGCAAGACCGCCGUGAUGUGGCGCAGCACGCCACGUCGGCCGCGCUGCCUCAAGACCACUUCCCCCAGAUACCGCUGGAGAGGCCGAGGCGGAGCUCCCAGCGCUCGCGGUCCUCCGUCGGCGGCGACGAUGAAUUCUUAUCAUACUCUACUAACACAUCUGCAGCCGCUCCGCAUCUGCUGACCGAAAGAACAGCGCGUGGGGGUGCCGCAGCGUGUGUAUUGCAGCGCUCGAAGCAACAGUGCACGCCAGCAGGAAAGCGUGUCUUCGACGGAUCGGACGCUGUACAGCGCAUCCAGCCACGCACCUUAGCAUCGGUGAGCGAGGGUGACCGAGAGGUGCUGCAGUCCGAGCCGUGCUGGGAGGGCGAUGAGGAUACGGAGGCGCUUGUGCAAGGCGAACGUGUUGCUCCUUCCGUUCUGCUGCACCUUUCAGCCAGAUAUACGUGCAUCACCGAGUCACCUCCUGCUCGUCCACGUCGGACCGAGGCUGUCCCAGGAAGGCGCGGGCCCUCUGGCGGUGCAGCAGCCGCAUCACACACUAAGCCUGAUUCGAGCACGAAGUAA